AGAAAAAAAAGAAAAAAUUAAAAAAAAAAAACUUCUCUUAAUUAUAAUAAUAAUUAUAUAAUGUAUAACGCAAUGGAGAAAUUUUGAAAAAUUAGUACGAAUAAUUAUAUGUAAUAAUAUUUUAAUGUAAAAGUUCUUGGAAAUCAUAGUAAUUCGCGCUUUUUUUUUUCGAAGAUAUUUGAGCAAAUGCAUUUCAAAAAAUUGAUAUACGAUGUAACGACUCGAUUUUUCCAUCGAGGAGUCCAUGUUAUUCUGCAUUCGUCGUUUGUGAGUCUGCAAUCGUUUGUAACAACCGGAAGAAAACUUCAUGAAACUCUUCGUGUACCAGUCGGAUGCAAGCGUGUUACUAUGAAGCCGAAAAAAUUGGGAAUCAUUGGCGGUUCGUUGCUUGCUUUUGGAAUUUUGAUCUGUGCAAUUGCUUUUCCUCCAUUUCUGAAAUCACAAGUGAAAAAACAAAUAGCCUUAAAAGAUGGAUCCGAGAUGCGGGAAUUAUGGUCCAAUUUCCCUAUUCCUUUGGACUUUAAAAUUUAUCUUUUCAACGUAACGAAUCCCAUGGAAAUUACAGCGGGAGAGAAACCAAUUCUCGAGGAAGUAGGACCAUUUUUUUACGACGAAUACAAACAAAAGGUGGAUCUGGUCGAUCGAGAAGAAGACGAUAGUUUGGAGUAUAACUUGAAAGCGACAUGGUUCUUCAAUCCAUCUCGAAGCGAAGGAUUGACCGGUGAAGAAGAACUGGUCGUUCCUCACGUUCUUAUUCUGAGCAUAAUCAAACUCACUCUCGAGCAACAACCAGCCGCCAUAGGGAUUCUCAAUAAGGCUGUGGAUAAUAUUUUCAAGAAACCUAGUUCUGUCUUCAUAAGAGCGAAGGCAAGGGAAAUACUUUUCGACGGUUUACCAGUUGAUUGCACGGGAAAAGAUUUCGCCACGAGCGCAAUUUGCAGCGUUUUGAAAGAAAAGGACGACGCUUUAAUGGCUGAUGGACGAGGGCGUUACUUGUUCUCACUUUUCGGCCCUAAAAAUGGCACCGUUCUUCCCGAACGUAUACGAGUGUUGCGAGGUAUAAAAAAUUACAAGGACGUGGGGAAGGUAACCGAAAUCAAUGGUAAAACGAAGUUGGAUAUUUGGGGGGAGGGUGAUUGCAACGAAUUCAAUGGCACAGAUUCAACGAUCUUCGCGCCAUUGCUCACGGAACAAGACGAGAUUGUCUCAUUUGCUCCUGACAUUUGCAGAAGCAUGGGGGCUCGUUUCGAUUCAUACACACAAGUCAAAGGCAUCAACACAUACCAUUACAAAGCUGAUUUGGGCGAUAUGAGUUCACAUCCGGAGGAGAAGUGUUUCUGUCCCUCGCCGGAUUCUUGUUUAACGAAAAAUCUCAUGGAUUUGACCAAGUGCGUAGGUGCUCCGCUUAUAGCUUCCCUCCCACAUUUACUUGGAGCGGAAGAAAAGUAUCUAAAAAUGGUUGAUGGACUUCAUCCGAACGAGGAAGAACACGGAAUCGCCAUGGACUUCGAACCAAUGACAGCUACUCCUUUAAGCGCGCACAAGAGGCUACAAUUUAAUUUAUAUCUUCACAAAAUUGAAAAGUUCAAAUUAAUGAAAAACUUCCCCGAAUGUUUGUUCCCAGUAUUCUGGGUCGAGGAAGGAAUAUUGCUCGGUGAUGAAUUCGUGAAGAAAUUGAAGACCGUGUUCAAGACAAUAAGUAUAGUCGGAUUUAUGAAAUGGUUCACAAUAGUAAGUGGUACUUGCGUGAGUGGAGCAGCUGCUGGGUUAUUCUUUAAGAAUAAAGACAAAAAUAAACUCGACAUCACGAAGGUAACACCGAAAAAAAGUGAAGAGAAGAAAUGGCCUAACCAGAUGACUAUCAGUACGAUACAAAGUGCAGCAGUACCGCCUAAUCUUGACGCGGAUUAAAUGUAUUGAUUUUACAUAUUUUGUUUUUACAUAUUUGUUGAAAGUAAGAACAAUCGAGACUUGUGUUUUAUAAGUAUAAGUGAAUCAUUUUUAAACGGAUCAUUAUUGAAUUGUAACGCCUCAAAAUAUUUGGAUAUAGUGCAAUAAUAAUUAUGGAUCAUAGUGUAUAUUAGAAGAUUUGAUAUAACAAUUAUUAGAUCAUUCUGGCUGAUAUGAGUCAUUUAAAAAAUGAUGGGUGUGCACUUAUAACAUAUUUCGUGCAAAUAUUUCGAUCUAUUUUAAAGAAGAGAGAAAUUGAAAAAGAAAGAGAAUAAGGAAGAGGGAGAAAAAGGAAGGAUACAAAUGAAGUAUUUCUUUACUUAUAAUAUAUUUUAAAUUUGCUCAAUUGAAU